AAAUUGGACCAAUUCCCCAACGUUUUAUGGUCUACUUUACGAAUAUCUUUUCAUUCUCUUAUUUAACAAAAACAGCUUUGCAUAUUGUUGCAAUUCCAUAGUCGAAAUCGAUAUAUAUACUCUUGCUGAAGCAGAAAAAUUAUCAAAAUGAGAGAAGAAGUUGACGGCACGCGCACUGAUAUUAUCACACUCUCUAGUUUCAUUCUUCAAGAGCAAAGAAAAUAUAACAGCAAAUACCAUGACAAGGGAACUAGUAUCAUUCAAGAAGCUAGCGGUGAGUUGUCUCUCUUACUCAAUAGUCUUCAAUUUGCUUUCAAAUUCAUUGCAAAUAACAUUCGUAAAGCCGAAUUGGUCAAUUUAAUCGGUCUUUCUGGUGUUAUUAAUUCUACUGGUGACGAACAAAAGCAAUUAGAUAGUAUCUGCAACGACAUAUUUAUCGAGGCCAUGAAAUCCAAUGGCUGCAUUAGAGUCAUUGUUAGUGAAGAGGAAGAAGAGGCUAUUCUUGUUGACAGCAGCGGUUCCUAUGCUAUUACUUGUGAUCCUAUUGAUGGUUCUUCGAAUAUCGAUGCUGGUGUUAGUGUUGGUACAAUCUUUGGCAUCUACAAAAUUCGUCCUGGUAGUACCGGCUCGCUUGAAGAUGUGUUACGCUCAGGAAAUGAAAUGGUGGCUGCCGGUUAUACUAUGUACGGCGCAUCGGCCCACUUAAUGUUGACUACAGGACAUAAAGUUAAUGGUUUCACCUUAGACACAAAUCUCGGUGAAUUCAUUUUAACCCAUCGAAACUUGUCAAUGCCCAUAUACAAAAACAUCUACUCAAUCAAUGAAGGAAACACUUUGAACUGGCCUCCUAAAAUUGCAGACUUCAUUCAUGGUCUAAAAGUAGCUCCAGAAGGUGGUAAGCCCUAUGCUGCUAGGUACAUUGGAUCAAUGGUUGCUGAUGUCCAUCGUACUAUGCUUUACGGUGGUAUUUUUGCUUACCCUUGUUCUCGAGGAAAAGGCAAGCUUCGUUUGUUAUAUGAAUGUUUCCCAAUGGCAAUGUUAUGCGAACAAGCCAAUGGAAUGGCUGUCAAUGACAAAGGUGAAAGAAUUCUUGAUUUGACUCCCAAACAGAUUCAUGAACAAAGCUCUAUUUGGCUCGGCAGUAGAGGAGAAAUCCAAAAAUAUGUAGACUUCAUGAAGCAACACUAAAGUCCCUUGUGGUACUUGUGCAUUUUCCUUUUAUUUGCUUUUCGCAUGUUCCGACAAACGAUUUAUGACGAAUUAUGAGAAAAAAGGCUCACUCCUGGCCUACCUUCUUUUUAGUAUCCUAAAUUGAAAAAGUUUAUUUUUUGUUAUUUAUUUUAUAGCUUCAAUCAGAAAUCAUUGUCUAUACAUAUUUGUCAGACGAAGUAAUAUAAAAAAAAUAUAUAUAACUCACUAGAAAACAUAAUUUUGGUGGAUG